GUAUUAUGCCACAAGAGGGCGCAAAUCAAAUGAACGAAUGAUGCAAUGUUUACCAUAAGUUAGGAUCGGUUGGUUGGUUCAAAAAAUGAAUUUUAACGACUUGUUUCGGUCAAUAUUUGGGUUUCCAAGUAGAUCCCAUUAUUAUGAUACAAGAGAUGAUGGCAACAUCACAAAUAGAUGUUGGGAUGAUGAAGAUGGACAGUUUGGGGACAUUCAUGAUCAGUUCUUCAGGGAAACCCAGGAAAUGUUUAGUCACUUUCAAGAGAUGUUUAGUAAUUUUGGUAUCGCAGAGUUCCCACAAAUAGGUUUUCCUGAAGUAGAAAAUGAUCGGUCAUUUCAAAAGGCAAAAUCACCAAGAGAAGAUAUGCUGAAGUCAGAUGGAGACUCACAAAGCAUCAGAAGACAAAAAGAGAAUGCCAGAUCAAGUGAGAAUGAAAAGAAAUUAGACUGGUUCUCGGCUCCUAAUCACAGACCCUUUUUAGGUGAUAUUUUCAAGAUUCCGGAGUUUGAUUUUAAUCCACACUCGAAUCAAACAAAAAGAGAAGAUUCCGAUCUGGACAGUCACAUAGAUUCAUCAAAUAUAGAUCUCAUUCUCCCAAAAGAACGUGAUGAGAUUAGAAGUAGUCCCAGUAGAAAAUCAGUGUUCCGUAGUGUAUCAAUCAGAACAAUCAGACUCCCAGAUGGGACUGUUGAAACACAGCGCACAGAGAAAGACUCGGAUGGUAAUGUGAAAACCACCAUUACAAAGACCGACCAAGACGGACAACCAGCAAUCAUCACAAAAAAUGAUGAGGAUAUUCGACCAUUUAUUCGUAGAGAAGACAAGAAUAAAGAAAUAACGCCACUGAAAGACAACCACAAGGAGUCCAUAUUUAAAAAGUUGUUUGGAUCCUGGUAGCAUUAUUGUCAAUUACGUACUACAGUAUUUAUAUUAAAUUAUUAAAUGAUAA